AUGACUGAAAGUAGUACUGAAACUGCCAGUUUUAGGCAGCCAAAACUAUUUCUUGAUGAAAAGGACAUGACAGAAGAAGCAAAGAAAACGUAUGUUGGGUUAGAUGAAUGUAGUUAUACUCCUAGGCAUAUGGGUAAUUCAAAACAUGAGUUCAUGGAAUGUGAUUGUUUUGAAGAUUUUAAAAAUGGUCUAAAUCACGCAUGUGGUGAAGAUUCUGAUUGUAUUAAUAGAGCCACACUAAUCGAAUGUGUGAACGGGCUAUGUAAACAUUCAUGCGGUGAGGAUUGUCAAAACCAACGGUUCCAGAAGAAGCAAUACGCAGAUAUAUCUGUGUUCAAAACUAAGAGAAAGGGCUAUGGUGUGCGUGCUAACUCAGAUAUACAGCCACAUCAGUUCAUUUACGAAUACAUUGGUGAAGUAAUACCGGAAGAAGAGUUUCGGAAACGUAUGGUUAAGUACGAUGAAAUGGGAUUCAAGCACUUUUACUUUAUGAUGUUACAGACAGGUGAAUUCAUAGAUGCAACGAUCAAGGGUUGCAUUGCCAGAUUCUGUAACCAUUCUUGUAAUCCUAAUGCAUAUGUUAAUAAGUGGGUUGUUAACGGUAAGUUGAAAAUGGGUAUUUUCGCUAAUAGGCUCAUUUCGAAGGGAGAAGAGGUUACAUUUGAUUACAAUGUUGAUAGAUAUGGAGCAAACGCUCAACCGUGUUAUUGUGAGGAACCCAACUGUAUAGGUUUCCUUGGUGGUAAGACACAAACCGACGCGGCUUCUUUGUUACCUCAAAACUUUGCAGAUGCACUAGGUAUCAAACCUUCAAUGGAGAAGAAAUGGAUGAAUAUGAAGAAGGCCAAGGGAGAGAAAAUUGUCAAGAGUGACACUACAACUGUUAAUGUCGAAUUUGUUAAUUCGCUUGACUUAGAGCCAUGUACGAAAACCGAAGAUGUCAAUAGAGUGAUGAGUGUGCUAUUGCAAGUGGAUGACGCAUUCAUUGCGGAAAAAUUACUUGAAAGAAUCAUCACGACAGAUGAUGAGGCUAUGCACUAUCAAUUCAUCAAGUUACAUGGGUAUUUGAUAUGUAGUCGACUUUUGACAAUGUUUGAAGACAAACCUCACAUUGUUGCAAAGAUCUUAAACUUUCUAGCAGUGCUACCAAAAACUACCAAGAAUGGUAUUACGCAAUCAGGUAUUGACAAAAAGGUGGAGGAAAUAAAAGGUAAGGAUUCGGAGUUCAAAUCUGUUUGUGAAGAGCUUCUUGAUAAAUGGUCUAAGUACGAGACUUACACAAGGAUAUCAAAGAAAGACGUUAAUGAAAACAGCAAGGUGAUAGAUCUACGGAGAAUACGUUUGCCCAUUGGAUGGGAGCUUAUCCAUGAAAAUGGUAAACCAGUGUAUUAUAACGCUCAAAGGCAAAUCAAACAAUCGGUUCCUCCCACCGAUUCCGCUUAUAGAUCGAACUCGAACGGCAACAUCAGCAAUAACGGAAACGGCGGAGGAGCUUCGGACUUAAAAUCUCGUUCGGGUACACCAAAUGGUGGUACCAGUCGGUACAGCGGUUCCAAUAAAUACAUUCCCCCACCAACGUAUGGCCAAAUGCAACAAAAGAGGAACUUAUCGCCAGAGGAAUACGAAAAGAGGAAAAGGAUGAGGCUAGAAUGGGAACAAAGAGAACUAGAGCAACGUAAACAAAGAGAACAAGAAGAACUCAAAGCCAAGCUCGAGCAGGAGAAACUAAAGAAGUCGGAAUUGGAGCGGAUCAUUGAAGAAGCAAACAAGCAAAAAGAACAAGAAAAGCUUGAAAAGAUCAAACAACAAAAGGAAGAAGAGGAGAAAAGGAAGCUUAAAAAACAGACUAAUCACACCAGCGUAGUUGAAGCGAAAUGGGUGAAAUUCUUCGCCAAAUACGUUCCAAAUCUAAUAAAAAAUUACCAACAAGAAGUCGGUAAGGAACUCUUCAAAGAAUCAGCUAAAAACAUAGUGAAAUCUCUAGCCCAAAAGGAGAUGAAGAAAGGUAGCUCGAGAUUGCCUCCAGACGAACUCUCGCAGGAGAAACGCGCUAAAGUCAAAACCUUUUCGACACAAUACAUGGACCGUUUGAUAGCGAAGAUGAAAGAGAAGGAAAAGGCUAAAAAAACAAUAACAUAG